UAGAUUAAAAAAAGAAGGAACGGCUGGAACUCGCUAUACAGGGUGACUUCGAAGUUGAGUCAUUUAUUUUAACAACUUAACUUCAAAGUCACCCUGUAUAAUGUGGACAAUAAAUGGUAUAUCAUGAAAUAUGCUACUCAAAGAGGAUCAUCAAAAGGUAAAUUAACGUUUACUUACCUUCAUCUGGAUUUUCAGAUGUUAUUCGAGCUGCUAUAACAUGCC